CAUUCUGUACUCCAGAAUUUUGGGGUUUUGGAAUUUUCUGUAGUGAAACAGAUCUCUCUCUCUCUACCUGUAGUAGUAUUCCAUUUUUUCUGUUUAUUUGAAUAUGGGGAAUAACGGGGAUGCUCCGGUGGAGCCGAUGAAGCUGACUUCAUUCAGGAGCCGGAGGAAAGCACCAGCCAUUUCCGGUGAACCUGAUGACUUUAUCAACCUCUUGCAUGGCUCUGAUCCCAUCCGAAUUGAGCUCACUCGUCUUGAGAAUCAACUCCGAGAUAAAGAUAGAGAACUGGGGGAGGCAUAUGGAGAAAUCAAAUCUUUGAAGUACUCAGAACGCGUUAAAGAAAAGGCAGUUGAGGAGCUAAAUGAUGAGCUAAAGAAAGUAGAUGAAAAGCUGAAAAAAACAGAAGCUCUUCUUGAAAACAAGAAUCUUGAGAUUAAGAAGAUAAAUGAUGAGAAAAAGUCAGUGCUGGCUGCACAAUUUGCUGCUGAAGCUACUCUUCGGAGAGUUCAUGCCGCACAGAAAGAUGAUGAGAUGCCGCCCAUUGAGGCAAUCAUCACACCCCUCGAAGCAGAGUUAAAACUUUCCAGAUUAGAGAUGGCAAAGUUGCAGGAUGACAAUAAAGCACUAGACAGACUUACAAAAUCUAAAGAAGCCGCUCUACUGGAGGCAGAACGAACUGUUCAAAUGGCAUUGGCAAAGGCUGCUUUGGUUGAUGACCUGCAAAAUAAAAAUCAAGAUCUAAUGAAACAGAUAGAAAUAUGCCAGGAAGAAAACAAAAUACUGGACAAAAUGCAUAGACUGAAGGUUGCAGAGGUUGAGAAACUAACACAAACUGUACGGGAGCUUGAGGAAGCUGUAUUGGCUGGUGGAGCUGCAGCAAAUGCUGUACGAGAAUACCAGAGAAAAGUGCAAGAACUGAAUGAGGAGAAAAGAAUCCUAGAUCGUGAGCUAGCCCGUGCAAAGAUUUCUGCAAACAGAGUAGCUGUUGUUGUUGCCAAUGACUGGAAAGAUGCCACUGACAAAGUAAUGCCUGUAAAACAAUGGCUUGAAGAAAGAAAAUAUUACCAGGGAGAAAUGCAACAGCUUAAAGAUAAACUGGCAAUUGCAGAGCGUGCUGCAAAAGCAGAAGCACAGUUAAAGGAAAAGUAUCAAUUACGAUUUAAAGUUUUGGAAGAAAGGUUUAAGGUGCCUUCAAAUGUUACAUCUCGCACUGCAGCUGAAGGAAGAAGCAUAAGCAAUGUGCGCUCAAGGCGUAUGUCCCUUGGAGGAGUUGAAAACUUGUCCAGACCCUCCAAUGGUUCUUUAUUACGAAAAACAAGUUUUCAAUCUGGAUCAUCCCAGUCAAAUGAUGCUAGCUCAUUGUUAAAAAAAGCAAAGAACUUAUCGGGCGCAUUUGAUGGCGGCAGCAGAUCAGAGGGUAAGGAGAAGCCAGUCCAGCUUACGGAUCAGAAAGAUAAUGGACAUAGUGGUACUAGCAGAGAGUCCCAUAGCAAUGGAAUAGUAACUGCACAUGAGAAUGCAGAUUUGAAUGCUGCUGAGAAAAUGAAGUUGGAAAAUAAAGAUUAUGUUUCUGGAGCAGUGUACGAUAUGCUUCAAAAAGAGGUUAUAGUUCUACGCAAAGCUUGCAAUGAGAAAGAUCAUAGCCUGAAGGACAAAGAUGAUGCCAUUGAGAUGUUGGCAAAGAAGGUUGAAACGUUAAACAAGGCAAUGGCAAUUGAGGCCAAAAGAAUGCGCAGGGAAGUUGCAGCAAUGGAAAAGGAGGUUGCUACAAUCCGUAAUGGCAAGGAGUAUGAUCAAAGGCUAAAGUGCAGUUACUCUGCCAAGGGAUCCAUGAAUGGUCAUACACUACCACAAAGAAACGAUCGGAGCUACAAAAAAUUUACCGAACAAUGAUGAAAGCGGGCAGCAUUUCAUAUCAGAAGGAAUAUUUCUCCCCUCGAAUACUAUCACAACUCAUGUCAGUUUGUAAAGUACUAUAGUUGUUUGGGGGCAUUAGCUUAUUUUAUGUAUAUGUUUGUAACAGAUUUGUAUUAUUAUGAGUAAAAGAAAUGCAUCGGUAUGGAACUAUGGCCAAAGGCAGG